AUGGCGAUGGCCGCACGGCCACAGACGCCCUCACAGGACACAUACAUAAUCCCGCAACCCAACGAUUCGGGGGCUUUAAGUCGCGGGUACGGCCCGCGGUCUACUCUAUCACGACCGAAUUCCUUCGCCGGUAUAUCAGCAUGCCACUACGGCUCCGGUGCCGUCGAGUCGUCGCGGGCCCCUCACAACCCCCGGUUUAAGGAGGACUUCGAUACCGUCAGUCACCGCAACUCGGUGUUUGAGAGCCCUGCUGGCAUGCAGCGGUCUGCCUCCACCAUGUCCCACGUGCGCUCCACGAUCCCUUCCCGUUCGAGCACCUUGCGGAAAAAAGCCUCGCUGAGCAAUAAGGGGAGCCUGCGGCGCAAUGGGAGUCGGAGAAGCCUGCGCGCGGGAAGUGUGCGGAGCCUGAGCUUGGGUGAUCGCGAAAAGUAUCACACCGAUGGUUCGGACGAUAUCAACAGUGCUUUCGUGACUCCGAUCCCUACCAACGGUAACCCGACCGAGGUGCUGGCGAAUCGGUUUGGAGCUUGGCGCAAGAUCCUGAAGGACUUGAUUAUCUUUUUUAAAGAGGUCCAGAAAUCAUACGAAACUAGAGCGAAGCUGUUCCUGUCCGCUUCGAGUGUCGUCAGUAACCAGACCCUUCCACCGGGGUUGCUUCAAUCGGGUGGCCUGGCCGAUGCGACGGAGAUCCUCCAAAACUUCCAUCGACAGGGUUAUACCGAGGCCAACAAAGCUGUCGAGGUAGAGAUCGAGGUGAUCAGCCAAUUGACUGGUCUCCGCAGCGAUCUCCAGAAGAAAACCAAGGAGAUCAGGAGUCUUGCGGGUGAUUUCAAGAACACCGUCGAGAAGGAGAUCGACGGCACGCGCAGAUCUGUACGGAACUUGCACGAGGCUCUUGGGCUUGUCGAUGCCGAUGCCUCUGCGAUAUCGGGCAAAGGUGAUCCAUUCAUCCUGCGCUUGAAUGUGGAGAAGCAGGUCGAGAAACAGAUCGAGGAGGAGAACUACUUGCAUCGAGCAUUCUUGAACCUGGAGAACUCUGGUCGUGAACUGGAGGGGAUUGUUGUGAGCGAGAUCCAGAAAGCAUACAAUGCCUAUGCUAGCAUCCUUCGACGCGAAGCCAAUGAAGCUCUUGACACCGCCGAGAAGCUCCAAGCGGGUCCAAUAUCCAUGCCCCAGGAUCACGAGUGGAACCAGUUUGUCGCUGGCACAGCAGAGCUCGUCGAUCCUCGAGUUCCUCUCCGGGAUGUGGAGAGCAUCACCUAUCCUGGCAAGGGCCAUCCAGCAGCUGCCGAAGUCAGGGCUGGGAUGUUGGAGCGCAAGAGCAAGUACCUCAAGAGUUAUACUCCGGGCUGGUAUGUUUUGUCGCCGACGCAUCUCCACGAGUUCAAGUCGGCGGAUCGUGUAGCAUGGCAGACGCCCGUCAUGUCGCUUUAUCUGCCAGAGCAGAAACUCGGCUCCCACUCACAGGAAGACUCAAGCUCUCACAAAUUCAUGUUGAAGGGUCGACAGACUGGCACAAUGCACCGAGGCCACUCAUGGGUCUUCCGGGCCGAAUCUCACGAUACCAUGAUGUCCUGGUAUACAGAUAUCGAGGGCUUGAGCAACAUGACAGGAGAAGCACGAAACGCCUUCGUCCGUCAGCACGUCCGCAACGUGAGUAGCAUGUUUGUGAACAACGAGGUAUUGGAAGACGAUGAAGCCGAUCGCACUCCAUACUCCGCGGGAUCCGCGGUCAUGACUCAAGACCGACCCGUAUCCUCUCGCCAAGCUGGAGGUGUGUUUCCCAGCGACGUCCAGCUUGACCGGAAUCUCCAGGCUCCCUUGUCACCUUCCAGCGAGGACAGCUCCGCCGGCAGAGACACGCUAGGGGCUGCUGGAUCGUACCCUGAUGGGUCCAGUGCAUUUGAUGAAAGCUUACGAUCAGUGGGUAGCCGCGACGUAGACAACUCCUACCAAAGCUACCGGUCCAAUGAGGGGAUCAAUGAAAGUUCUCUCCCCAAAGGUACCCCACACAAUAGCUACUAUGGCAACUGGAUCGGACCGUCCGUGGUAGUGGCGAAGCAGAGGAAGAGGCAGAGCCAGCAGUUGGAACCCUCGAACCCGGAUGACCGCGAGAUCCGAUCUGAUGGAGACCAGGCUUCCCUUGCUGCCAUUUCGGGUGUUGGUAUGGCUGAUCGUCGUGAUCACUCAGCUCCUGCCCACAUUGAUCGUCGGGGUAGUGUCUCUACAGCGCCUACUAACACCAACGUGACUGAGUUUACAAACCAUACCAAUCCUACCUCGGUAGAUGAUCAGGAGCUUGAGCCCCCUAAGAUCCAGACCCUUGGUCUUGACACUUCUCCUAUCAAUCAAGGUCCUGAAUCAGACAGUGCAGCCAAGCUUCCACCCAACUUGAUGCGUUCGAAUACAGACAACAGUGUUACACUGGACAUGAAGAUGCCAGGUCGUUAUCCUCACACCAAUGUAGCAGCAUAG